AUGCCCAAGAACCACGUCUCAUCUAGACGCAGUCCAGCUUCACGAUUACGGCCAAAAGAGAAACGGGAGCAACGGGCGUCACAACGGCAGCAAAGGACGCUCGCGGGGGUGGGGGGCGAGGGGGGAAGCUUCCUCAGCGGCUCCUGGCCGAAGGAGGCGGUGUUGUUCAUGUACUUCACAAGUAUAUCUACUGCCCAGACUACUGACUGUUUGCACUUGAGGGAGCAAUGUAUAAAUGCUGCAAAUGGAUGUGAGAGUGUCUGGAAUAUUGUUGAAGAUGUCUGCAAUAUUUCAGGUAAUAGAUGCAAGGCAGAAGAUGCUAUUGGAUGUAAUAGAAUCAUCCAGGUCCUGGCUGAUGAAUACCCAGAAUUUAAAAACUGUGUCUGCACUACAGACGAUCCCUGUAGCAUCACAACUUUGCUUGGGAAACAGUGCAGCACUGAUAAAGAAUAUUUGGCAACUUCCUCAAAAUCAGAUACUGAACUGAGUUUUAGGCAACACAGAAACCGCAAAGACCAAAGACACCCAGAAGAAUUAGAGAACGACUGCAGUAUUGCAAAACAACGCUGUCGAGAGGACCCUUACUGCUUUCUAGUGUAUAAGAGCUUCCAGAGAGCAUGCCAGCUGGAUGCAGCAAAAUGCAGGCUCCCGACAGUCAACCAGGAGUGUUUGUCAGCAUGGAAAGAACUGAGGAAAACAGUGCUGGGAGAGUGCAAGUGCUCAGAACCACUUCAGAUGAGAUGCAUUAAAAUAUGGAAGGGAAUAUUCAACAACCCUUGUUUACAAUACUCUCAAGAGAGACAAGUUUCAGCAGCUAGUCAAAAUGAUGAUGACAAUGACAAUGAUGAUGAUGAUGAUGUUGAUGAUGAGAAAAAUCAGGACAUCGACACAGACAAUAUUAGUAUGGAAACAAAAUUACAAUGGAGUUUAUCUGCUCUCUCCAAACAAGCAUACACAGCAAACAGAACCUGUUUGGAUGUGAACAAGGAGUGUGUUGAAGAUGAAGUGUGUAACAAACAGUUGUCCCUGUACCUUAAGGUUUGCUCAGUAAAUAAAAAGUGCAACAUGGAAGAAUGCCAAGCAGCCAUAAGGUUCUUCUAUCAAAACAUGCCUUUUGAAGUUGCCCAAAUGAUGGCGUUUUGUGAUUGUAUCCAGCCUGAUGAAUCCUGCCACAGAGCCAAAGAACUUCUCCAUGGCAAGCCCUGUGCAGUUACUGCAGUUCCACCCCCAUCAUGUCUGAAUGUAAUCCACAAGUGUGAAGAGAAUGAGUUAUGCAGGAAAAAAUACACAACUUUUCAGUCAAAGUGUUGGAGACACGUGACAAAAAAAUGCUACGAUGAUGAAGCUUGUCUUGAAACUUUAAUCAAGGAUGACAUGCCCUGUUCUGCAAAUGCUGAUUGCAAAGCAGCCUACAUUAGUAACUGGGGCACGAUGCUGCGUGUGGAGUGUACCUGCCAGAAUUUGCCUGCUGCAGAGAAAUCUUUGUGCGAGCUCUUCCAUCACAUGCUUCACAGCAAAUCCUGCUUCAGUGAGUUACGUAAGUAA